CAUGGAAAACAUUCGAGAGUUUAUUUAGGCCUAUACUAUAAUUUGAAUCUGAAUGGGGACGAACAUCCUAAAUUUACGUUUUGUUUUACGUCAUGUUUCAGACGCUCUUUCAGAUAUGAAGAUUAAUUUAUUUUAUAGAUUUGGGCUAGGUUGAAGCCCAAACCUCUUGCACUUGCAUGACGGUUUAGGAUGGCAGCGGGUAACGAGUUGAUGAGUUGAUGUCUAACAAUGCAGCUCCUCAUGCACGGUUUAUCAGUAACAACAUGAUACCACUUUACCAUGCUGGAGAGGCAUGGAAAAAGAUUAUUGUAGCAUCUUUGUCGAGCAAGAUUUUACGAUCAAUACUCAUAUUACUUCUAUUUUUUAUUUAUUGUGAGGUUAUACAUUACAUUGUUGUUCUGUUACAAUGCACCUGGCCAUCUGUAACACAUGAAACUUAUUCAUCCCUGGAAGAGACACCUGAUCUCAAAGUUCUUGUCAUUGCGGACACUCAUCUUUUAGGCUUCAGGCAUGGACAUUGGUUUGACAAGUUGCGCAGAGAAUGGCAAAUGAGGCAGGCAUUCCAGACCAGCAUGUUGAUACAUAAACCAGAUGUUGUUUUUGUGUUGGGGGACUUAUUAGAUGAAGGUAAAUGGUGUGGCGAUGAAGAGUUCAACUAUCAUGUGACUCGCUUCAAGUCAAUGUUCGCUGUGCCGGAGGGAACAGAGCUUCAUGUUGUCUCUGGCAAUCACGAUGAAGGAUUUCAUGAAAUGAUAACUGAACACAAGCACCAGAGGUUUGAAAGAGCUUUUGAUUCACCAUCUGUACGAAUGGUGGACAUACAGGGUAAUACUUUUGUGUUGAUAAACUCCAUGGCCAUGGAAGGGGACCACUGCACAAUGUGUGUACAGGCAGAGAGAAAGGUUAAAGAAAUUUCAUAUGAAUUAGCCCUGAGACAGAAAUGUGAGAAGCAUAAAGAUGAUUCAUGCAAAAGUGUAAGAAAGCCCUAUUCAAGACCUAUUAUUUUACAGCAUUUCCCCAUGUACAGAAAAUCUGACUCGCAGUGUAACACAGAAGACUCAGCACCAGCAGAUGAAAAAGACAUUCCAUUUCAACCUCGCUAUGAUAGUCUUGACCAAAGGUCAUCCAAGUUGUUGUUUUCAUCCUUGGAACCUCGCCUUGUUAUCAGUGCUCACACACAUCAUGGAUGCUAUAUAGUGCAUAGCAAUAAUAUCCCUGAAUGGAGUGUGUCAUCUUUUAGUUGGCGCAAUAGGAACAACCCAACACUUUUGAUGCUUCGAGUCAACAGUGUGAACCACACAGCCUUCCAGUGUUUUCUUCCUAAAGAGAGUACUGUCAUCAACAUCUACAUACUGGCUGGAGUGUUAGCGGGUAUCAGUUUACUGUGGCCUUCUAUCUCAUACAAGUAUCGACCAAAAAUUUGUUAAGGUCACGCCAUCAAGAAUGUCUACACGUUGGGUUCAAAUUUCAAGUAGUUAAGCAAAAAUUAAGUAUAUAGUUACCUCCAGUGGAAUCAAAGAUAUAUAAUUUAUGUUAAGGCUGAAUAAUUGUUUUUUAGGUUUACUAAUGUGGUGUUUAAUAUUCAAAUUUGUUCAAAAAUUACAACAAAAAAAAAAAAAAAAAGAAAAGUUAAGAGUGAGUGGACAUAAUUUUAACCCUUAGGUUACAAACUUUGCAGUAAAUUGGUCACUUCCUAGUUGUUGUGAAAUAAAAAUGUUUGCAUUGUUUUCAUCAUGCAUUCUAUCUUGUAGAUUACAGAUGUUACUUCAAAAAAAGAAGAUAAUUACCCAGAUCUAAAAGUCUUUCCAAUUUAAGAUUUAAACAUGUUUCUGAAGUAUAUAAACCAGAAGGAUGAUCAUUUGACUUAACAAACUCUGAAAACAAAAAAAGCUUAAAGAUACUUUUGCUCAAAAUAUUUACUCUAAGUUCAAAUGUCUAGGUUUUAUUUGUAAAACAAUUUAUCUUUUUUUAUAUUGUUAGGCUAGAGACAGUACAUUGUUGUUAACAGGGUUGCCAGGGCUAGAUGUUAUUCAUUAGAUCAUGUUUAUUUGUUAUUAGUUCAUGCCUUUUUCUGUCAGAAAUGAAACAUAUCAUAAUAAUGAUAUUCAAGAAUGGCUUGUUGUUUUUUUUAAUCUGGCAAUUCAGUUGUGGAUAAAAAUGUUUUUUGUUCAUUCAUAUUAUCAAUUUUUACAAACUUUAUGCAUUUAUAUUUUUGUAUGUAUUAUUUAAGUUGAUCUAGAACAUGUUACUGUGUGACUGGAAUAAGCUAUUUAUUGUAAAGGUUUCAUUACUGUCUUGCUGUAAGAUUGAUGUCAGGUUGUGAAGGGAUGUAUACCAACCCCAGAUUUGUUCACAAUAAAAUACAUUGUAAACCAUAA